CAGGGGGAAGGUGCACAUCCAGGACAUUUGCUGCAGUGAGACGUCCUCGCAGGCUUCGGGUGCAGCGAGUAGCCCAUCUGAUGCCGUUCUUUCCAGGGCAGUCAGAGUUGAGAGAGGCCAUGGAAUUCAGUCUAAACUUUACUAUGUUUGAUUUGUAGAAGAAUUUAUCUUUUUUUCUGUGUUUAAUGAUCUGCUCGAGUAUAUAGACAUUUGUUAAGUUUUCUGUGUGUGGCUUCAUCUUACUGAGAGAAAAUGACUUAUUGCCUUUUGUGGAGUCAUCUCUAAUGGUUGUGUAAGACUUUUGG